CGCUCCGCUCCCAAGCUGUGAGGGAUUCAGGGUAUCAGCGGUCGGUGUAAUGCACAUCCCGAUAGAGAAUCGCCUUAUAAAAUCCAUUCCUCAGCAGGUCAGUUCGAAUUCUGUGUAAUGUUUUGCAGGUGGAUGCAAUGGUAGGGGGAUGACGCGCACAGGCAGCACCACCUUCCCCUCCGCAGCCCCGCGGAGGACAGCGCGAGUUGGGCCGAGGGCAGGCGCUACCCGGCGCCGGUGAUUAUUUACGAGGAGGGAUGGAAGCGGUAUCGUUUUGUUCUCGCAUCUCACCAUGACUAAAAGGUCCAGACGGCAUGGCCCGGCACACAUGACCAAAAUUCGCCUCGACAACAUCAUCCUGACCAAGCAGAACCGAAACGACACAUGCAGACGACUGCUCAUCUUCGUUACCAUGACAACCGUGGCCGUCACUCUGGGACAAGGAUACACACAGUACAAGGAGUAUGUGGACUAUCACAUCAGCAUGUGCUUCUCUGUGGUCAGGAACACCAUGUACGGCACCAAGUCCCUCCUCACCACCGGGAACUGGACAUACCCCGCCCUCCCCACCGAGGAGCCCUGGACGCUAGACGAGGAGGCCGCAGCGAACUUCAGGGAAGAGUUGGAACAGGAGUGUCACAUCAAGCGGGACAUCUCCCUCACCAAGAGCUCGGCCAAAGUGGGGAAGAAGAUCGUGUAUGACGUGGAGCCGCAGCAUUACGUCACGCUGGCUGGACCAAUGUACGUCCUGCUGCCCGAAACGUCACCGUUCGACGGGAAGUUCUACAACACAUGCGCAGUAGUGGGGAAUGGCGGUAUACUCAGGGAUAGCAAAUGCGGAAGCGAGAUCGACACUGCCGACUUCGUGUUUCGCUGUAAUCUCGCGCCGAUCUCGCGAUACCACGAGGACGUGGGGACCCGUACGAACUUCACUACCAUGAACCCUAGCGUCCUCAAGACGUACUACAACCGCGUCAACUCUGAAAACAGCAGGAGAAGGUUCAUCAACCGACUGCAGGAGAUCGGGGACGGCUUUCUGUGGAUCCCCGCCUUCGUGUCCAAGAUGGGAGAGCGGGAAGUGAACUUGUUAAAUUCCAUUCUCAUGGGAGAGAGGUUGAACGGACUGCCUUUGCAGCCAUUGUAUCCGACUAAAGAGGUCACCAGGGCAAUCUUCAAGUUCUGGAACACUCGCAAGCUGGAAGUGCCUCGCCUCACGACUGGCCUAUGCAUGUACACCAUCGCAGCCUCUGUGUGCCGCCAGGUGGCGCUUUACGGUUUCUACCCCUCCAACCACGACAGAGAGGGCAACCGCCUGCCCUACCACUACUACGAGAGGAGGAGCCGCUACAACUUUGAACAAGGGCCACACAAGAUGUACAACGAGUAUAAAGCACUGAAGUCGCUACAUGACAAGGGGAUCGUUAGAUUGCGAGAACGUUGCAAGCCUCUCCCUUCCUACGUCUAUGCAAUGCGAAACAACCCCCAUUACAGGGAUGACAGGGGUCGAUAGGGAAAAAGUCGCCCGAUGAUAACACAGUACAUCCGGUAUGUUCACGUAAUGUUAAAUCCAUAGGCAACAACUUACCCAUCAGAUUGUCGCCUAGUUUUUCCUUGAUUAUAAAAGUAAGCGGAUGGCGUAUACAAUUGUUGUCUCCGAGUAUCGUUUACGAUAUCAGCGAAGUGUAUCAUUUCAGUACGAAGUGGGUGAACAUUCCGCAUGUGCAGUGGUUAACUAACAGUCAUGUGAUCGCCCUGUGUUCAACUCUUUCCAGCCACACGCUACAGCAUAGAACUAUCCACUACCAUAAGGCAAGGCAUUAUCAACUAUCCUUCAUAAGUUUUGUUGUCCAUCAAACCCAAAUGCAGCACUAAAAACUUAGAAAAGGUGAAUCGCUUGCCAAAGUGACAGCGUACAAAACAUCCUUCCACGAUUUUCGUAGCUAACUAGUUCCUCGUCCCUGUGCAAUCCACAACUCUUCUAGGCACAGAUUUCAAAGACGCUUCUUCUUUUACAAUAGUAUAUAUUCUACACCCAGUCGUGUGCCACGGAUUGUAUCACAGGAGGCUCAUAAUGAUGAUGAAAAACUGAUGGUGUCACCAGUGGUAUAUAUAGGUAAGACAUCGUAACUAGAUUCUUCCAGCAGUGUCCAAGCAGCGUAAAUAGUGACCUCUCUCUCACGGGAAUGGAUACAUGGGUAGCGCGCAAUGUUGACAUGAUGUUCUCUACUCUAAACACGACUCACGGGAAUAUAUACAUUGCAUAAUCGCAAUUCCAGACAGACAACAGUAGUUGGUACAACAUACAAGUUCACGUCGCUUCUAAUUGAAGUGUUUACCGGUCUUAGAUACCCAUUGAAGAAGAGACCUACCGGUAGUAUUACUCAGGUGCUGCGCUUCCUGUUGCCAUUGAUAGGGGGCAGUUGACUCUUGUUUAUUGCUUCACAUUUGCUGCUGUCACAAGUCCCGAAGUAUUUAAACCUCAUUCACACAUUGCAAAUAGAUUAGAGUGUGGAAUGGGAAGUCCACUCUCGUUGAAAAUAGCUGCAUAUGAGUAAAGAUUAUAAUGCCGUACGAUCCAUGCAUUGUUUGAGAAAAAGGCACCUGCAAAGGUCGAUAUAUACAUUCAGCUACAUGAUCAUGGAAAUGGCGAAGUAGUAAUCAGGUGCCGCAGUUUACAAAUACACGAGGAAAACUUUCUAGUGAAAAUGUCUGAACCACAAACACAAGUCACGUAGCUCUAUGCAACUCCCGUAAGAUUGCCUUGGACGUGCUAAAUUGCUAGUCAGGUUUUGAAAAUCUACACGUACAAUAUACCAUUCAUUCUUGACUUAAACAUGUUCAAGGACGUGCUACUAUAGAGAGGAAGGUUAGCAAGAACAGUGGAAGGAACCUACCAUGCAUUUUCAGUGAUGACUGGAGCUCAGAGAUACAUGUAUGCACAGCGUAGCGUGUCCCACAGCCCUCACGAGGGCAAGUGCAAAGUACAUUAGUGAACGAAAGGCGGUUCUCAGUCGCACUCCCAAUCCGGGUACGUUUUCAAGGUUCCUUUCUUUCCUGACUUGAUUCUGUCCAUGGAUGAAGUCAGUCGCCCAGGUAUCGCGUAAUCCGCAAACAUAUGGGGUUCUUAUAGCAUUGUACACAUGCUGGUGUUGCACAAAGUACUAGUCAGGGCGCGAAGGCGAAAUUUAGCAAGUGAUUAUAGAAAAAGAUGAGUGUUGGGUUCCCAGAGUGUUCAGUAAGACCGUGUGAUGUCACACCGCUUAACAACACGUGAACUACAUUCUACCAUCAUUUCCGUCUCUAGCUUUGGUCAAAUAGAUGCUGUCGAGGCAUCGUUGGAAAAAAUGGUAGCCAUAGAGGGUAAACAUAGAAAACAGCGCUGCUGGUAGUUAGAUCCCUAUCUUACCUCAACAGGUAGUUAGACAACUGUAUGACCAAGAAGAUAUGCAGUCAGUAAGAAUGCCAUGUAGAAAUUUUAGCUUUAAGCGUACACAUGU